AUGGCGAAAUCACUCAGGUCGAAGACGAAACGUUCCUUCCGCCAGAAAAAAAGAGAAUCCGGAGAAUACGCUGCAGCGGCAGCUGGCCGCCUUCACAGGCUCAACUCAAAGCUAUUACAAGUAACGAAGAAAGACACAGAUGGGGGCAGGCUCGAAACUGAGGAUGUUGAGGCAAACGAAGAUGGGAUUCCAGCUCCGGAACUGGAUGAUUCAAUGGAUCAACCAGAAUCUAUGGCGGUCGACUCAGAAUCUUCGUCAAAACGCAUUUCUACACAUGGACCUCGAGGCUCAAGAAGAGAGGAAUGGCGGAAAUCGAAAGGCAUGCCUGCCAGAGCGACACCGCACGGAAUGAACCGACAGGGUACUGUUGCAGCGAAAAGAAAAGCAGGUCGCUCCAAGAGAAGGCGUUGA